AUGCCGACUGUGCGACCGUCCGCGGACAUUGACAGCAUCGAGGAUUCCGAUUCGGACGAGCUUAGCUCUUCGUUGACGAGCAUAGUGACGCUCGACGACAUCCUCCACUAUCUCGAAAAACGUUGGCUCCGAGGCGACUUUGGACUCUACCAGCGCAUGGUGUCGGUUAUGCUGAUGCCCUUCGGUUUCUUCAACGUCUUCGUCUACUUCGGUCAAAUGUUCAUGACUCUGGUGCCAGAGGAGCACUGGUGCAGGCUGCCGGAGGUCGAUGGCAUGUCUCGGGAGGAGGUCAGGCGCCGGGGAAUACCUCCCAGCGAAGACGUACCCUACGAAGGUCACGAGCUACCGUUCUCUAGGUGCUGGAUGUACGACGUACCGUUGGCGACUCUACUCUCGGUUCAAAGCCCGGACCCCAAGUGGCCGAUGCAGCGCUGUCACAGUUGGGAGUUCAAGUUCACGUCGAGCGAUGUUCCCUACACAACAAUCGCUUCGGAGCUGGAAUGGGUCUGCGACAAGCAGUACCUGGUAAACCUGGCCCAGAGCAUAUUCUUCGUGGGUUCGAUAUUCGGCGGGAUUCUGUUCGGAUGGAUGGCGGACAAGUACGGAAGGAUCCCGGUGUUGGUAGUGGCAAACAUGUUCGGUUUUUUCGCCGGGAUGGCGACGGUAUUUGCACGACGUUUCUGGCAUUUCGGAGUGUGCAGGUUCCUCGUCGGUUUCGCAUCCGACAACAACUUCACGAUGAUGUAUAUCCUGGUGCUCGAGUACGUCGGUCCGAAGUGGAGAACCUGGGUGGCGAACUUGUCGAUCGCAAUAUGCUUUCCCUUGGCUUGCUGCACGCUCCCGUGGCUGGCACUGCGUCUCUCGAACUGGAAGAGCAUCGCUAUCGUAACGUCAGCGCCGCUUGCAUUCGCGGUAGUGACGCCGAUCGUGGUUCCCGAAAGCGUCAGGUGGCUGGCUUGUCAGGGAAGAAUCAGCGAGGCGAUCAAGAUAAUGCGCAGGAUCCAAAGUGUGAACAAAACCUCGGUGCCUGACAGCCUGUACGCCGAUUUCAAGGAGGAUUCGGAAAACGUCGUGCGAUUCAUACGCAACGAAGAGUCGAGGGUCUUGGACCUUCUGCGAACGCCGAGACUACGGCGAAUCACAAUACUGCUGAUAGCCAUUUGGGGCAUAAUCGCUAUGGUCUUCGACGGCCAUAUAAGGAACCUCGGCACCAUGGGGCUCGACAUAUUCUUCACGUUCACCAUAUCCUCAGCGACGACCUUUCCUGCUGACAUAUUCGUCGCCUUCGCCCUCGACUACUACGGCCGGAGGUGGUUGUCCUUUGCGUCGAUGUUCCUCUCGGGCUUGGCCUGCUUCUUUGCAUCUAUGACCAGCGGUGUGUACUUCGCCGCCUUCGGACUGGUCGGCAGGUUCCUGAUCAACAUAUCGUACACCAUUGGGCUGCAGUACGCCGCUGAACUUCUACCGACGGUGGUGCGAGCGAAGGGAGUCGCCGUCAUUCACAUAUUCGGGUACGCGACAGCCAUCCUCUCCCCCUUCAUCGCUUACACGAGGAUAUUCGCUUGUCAAGUGCCGGUCGUAGUUCUUGGGAUUCUAUCGACCAUCGGCGGGAUUCUCUGCCUCUUUCUUCCAGAAACGUUGGACCAAGAACUGUCCCAAACGUUGCAGAUCAUGUCGGACGAUCGCGGCAUAUGGCUGACGGCUGAUCGGCGAGUAAGUAUCAUGACGUGGGUAACCCGAGAACGACUCGCUAUCGGUUACACCUUGAAUGGCCUGGAGAUCAUCGGACAGGAGACGCGGGCGAUGGAGGGCGAAGAGUUCGGCAAGGACCAGAGGUUCUUCGACAUGCCGUGCCUCGCGCCCAAGCAGCUUGAACCCAAGCCGAACAAGCAUCACCUUCACGCCCAGCGGCCGGCGAUCCGAGGCGAGAUCCUGAGGAGCAGCAUCAUCUCAGGCGCCGUUGGGAGCAAGUAUCGUCUUUCGGUCUGGUCGCGGCAGGUCAACUCCGAGGGAGUGAGCCUGUCCUCGAGGAGCAACCGAGUCACCUUCAACGACAGUAGUAGACCAGCCUCGCCAGGAUCCAGCAAAACCAACGUUUGA